GCAUGCGCAGUGACGAGACUGAACGUCGGUCCUGUCCCCGGUCCAGUCCGUCAUGUCCAAGAACUUGCGCGUAGUGCUGCUGUUCGGUGGCUUUGCGGCUGCAAUUGGAGCCGCGUUUUACCCCAUCUACUUCCGGCCGCUGAUUUACACUCAGGAAUACCAGCAGGAACAAAAGAUGAAUCGAACUGGUAUAAAGCAGGAGGAAAUUCAGCCUGGAGGAAUGAAAGUCUGGUCUGACCCCUUCAAUCGGAAGUAAUCAAACUGUUGAUAAGUUAUAAUGAAGAAAUGCAUCAGCGACUCUUUAGUGCCUUAAUAUUGUUCUUAUUGGUUACUGUAAUGUUAAUCUAUUUAUUAGGUAAUGGCAGGAUUUACAUCGAAAUGGAUUUUUACAUUUAAAAUUUCCCAAAAUGUAUUAGUGUCAUAUGAUUUAAUGACAACUACAUGCAACUUUUUGUUUUGCAACUGUUUAUUGUGGCACAGUCGAUGAUCUCUGAAUCAGAAGCUGGCAUGUUCCAGCCCAGAGGCUUGUGCUAAAAAAUGGAGGCUGACAUUCCAGUACAGUACUGAGGGAACAUUACACUGUCAAAAGUAGCAUUUUUCAAUUGAGACAUUAAGCUAAGGCCCAGCUUUCUCUCUCUAAUUGAUAGAGAUAUCUCACAAAAGGACUUUGAUAAUGAGCACAGGGUGGGGGGUGGUGAAAUCUUUGACUUCCUGGCUGUUAUUGAACCUUCAAUCAACAUCACGAAAAUAAAUUAUCCAGUCAUUAUCAUGGGUAUCAAAGGAAAUUUAUUGUGUACAUUUUAGCUACUGUGUUCCCUACAUCACAUUGCAGAUCACACAGUCACUUAUUGGCUAUAAUGCCUUUUGAAGUACCCAGAAGUGAUGAGGGCUACUAUAUUUUCCUGUUAUCUAGUCAGUUUGUAUUUGGAUUUGUAUAACUACUUUGUGAUUCUACCCAAGUUCACAGAUUUAUGAUAUUUGAUGUUUGUCCAGUAAUUACAGUUUACUGGAAGUAUAAGAUCAUUAAAAAAGAUUAUACACAAUAGUGGACUGCCAUUACCCCAAUGAACACAAAAGUUUAAUAUAAUGAGACCUUAAAUGAUUCAAGAUAUUUUAGGGAUAGUCACAAGAGAUGUAAAUUGUUAUGUAAAUGACUCAUGCCAAUAUCUUAGAAGUAACAACUCAGAGUUGUUAUGCAGAUUUGUUUUAAAAACUUGCUUACCUUAGUCUGAAAUAAGUUAUGUGACUAUUAUAAUUGAAUUUGAAUGUGUUACAGAAUAAUGUUUGUACAGUGGUAAAUUCACAAAGCUUCCAUGUAUUUUACUGGAGGAAAAUUCUCAAAUCGAUCAUAGGAUAAUAAACCUGCUAAAGUAGCAAGGAUGGCAGUAUCCUUUACGAAAAGUUGUUUUACUACUAUUCAGAUAGUGUAUUAUACUCUUGCCUGAUCAGUGUAUGCUGUGAAAACUUAUUAAAUAAAGAAUAGUUACUCAUCUGA